AUGUCUGUACGAUCUGAACGUGAAAAAUCUAAAAUGCAAGAAAAAUAUCAAAUCAUACUUUCACAAAUGCUUAAAGAAGAUGAUAAUCGUUUUUGUGUUGAUUGUGAUGCAAAAAGUCCUCGAUGGGCUAGUUGGAAUAUUGGUAUUUUUAUAUGUAUUCGUUGCGCCGGUUUUCAUCGAAAUUUAGGUGUACACAUAUCAAAAGUUAAAUCAGUUAAUCUAGAUUCAUGGACAGCAGAACAAAUAGCUUCAAUGCAAGUCAUGGGUAAUAAUCGUGCGCGUGCUGUAUAUGAAGCUAAUUUACCGGCUGGAUUUCGACGUCCACAAGCUGAUUCUGCAUUGGAAGCAUUUAUUCGUGCAAAAUAUGAACAGCGUAGAUGGCUUGCUAAAGAAUGGAUUCCACCUGAAAUAACGGUGCCUAGUGAUCUUAUUGAAUCAGAAACAAAUCAACGACGAAUUGAAACAACAGCAGAAGUAGAACAAGUAGAGAAAAAUGUUAAUAAUAAUAAUAAUAAUAAUAAUAACAUUCCAAAAUUAAAACCAAUCGCUGCACCAAUAACAUCUACAAAUCCUGUCCGACAAACAGGUAAUGGUCGUUCAACACCAACUAUACAAUUACCGACAAUGACGACAACAACUCCAUCAUCUUCGACAACAUCUGUUUCAACUCCUAUACAACCUGCUGUUGUUAUAGAAAAUCCUCCGGAUUUAUUAGGUUUAGAUGAACCAUCAUUACCUUUACCAUCUGCAUCUUCAAAUAAUACGACUAAUCCUCCCAAAGCUCCUUCAAUUGACAUUAUGGAUUCUUUACAUGAUGUAUUUACAACACCAUCGACGAAUGUAAACGAAAAUGAUGUAACAAAAAAUAAUUUAGAAAAAGAUUUACAAAAUAUUUUCUUAUCUCCCAAUGAUAAUACUAGCUCAACUAAUACAAGUAAUGUUAUGAGUAAUGAGAAAAUUAUGGCAUUAUUUAAUACACCUCAAACAUCAACAGUAAAUACUACAGGAAUGAAUAUUCGUCCACCAACAAUGCAACUAUCGAAUGUCAAUUCACCUCAUUUGACUCAUCCACAAGUUCAACACCAUCAUCUUCAUGCUCAUCAUAAAUCAGCAUCAUUUGGAAGUAAUCUUUAUCAACAAUCAUCUACUUUUGGAGCUCAUCCUGGAUUUCAAUCAUCGCAAGGUCAACUAUAUUCACCAAGACCUGGAAUGAAUCCAAUGCAUCAUAAUAAUCCUAAUAAUAUGAGUACACCUACUCUUCAAAGUCCAUCAACAACUUUUACACCUCAUGAAUUAAAUAAUCAAUUUUCUCAGUUUGUACCCUUUGCUAAUUCAUUAAAUAAUCCAUCAGCAUCAAAAUUAAUAUAUGGUAUGCCAACUCGUCCUGUUACAGAAUACAUGCCAGCAUCAUCGGAUCUUCUUUGGCAAUAA